AUGAAAAUAUCAGGUGUCUUUCUGCUCCUCUCUCUGGCUCUUUUCUGCUUUUUCUCAGGUGUCUUCAGUCAAGGAAAAAAGGUUGACUGUGCUAAGUUCCAGGAUCCCAAGUUCUACUGCACUCGGGAAUCUGAUCCCUACUGUGGCUCUAAUGGCCAGACAUAUGGCAAUCUAUGUGCCUUCUGUAAGGCAAUGGAGAAAAGUGGUGGGAAGCUCAAACUAAAGCACGUUGGAGCAUGCUGA